ACUCGGGCUGCUGAGCUGGAUGUCACAGCAGCACAGUCUUCAGGACAGCCCUAGGUGGAGGUGGUCAGGGGAGCACAAAGUAGGCGAUGUUAAAGCUGGGGUUUUGUCCUCGCACAGCGUGGGGAGACAGUUGAUACAGUCCGUGCGAACUGUACAUUUUGCCAGCUGAAGGAUCGAGAGUCAAUCCGCCGCAGUAUUUUUAGAUCACUUCUGAAAGGAAUACAAAAAUGUCGUCCCCAAGUCCAGGCAAGAGGCGAAUGGAUACCGACGUGGUGAAACUUAUUGAAAGCCAGCAUGAGGUCACCAUCCUCAGUGGACUCAACGAGUUUGUGGUCAAGUUCCAUGGACCAAAAGGAACCCCAUAUGAAGGUGGUGUGUGGAAAGUUCGGGUAGACUUGCCAGAUAAAUAUCCUUUCAAAUCACCAUCCAUAGGAUUUAUGAACAAAAUAUUUCACCCAAACAUUGAUGAAGCAUCAGGAACAGUUUGUCUAGAUGUUAUAAAUCAGACAUGGACAGCUCUCUACGAUCUCACCAACAUCUUUGACAUGUUCCUGCCUCAGCUGUUGGCUUAUCCCAACCCCAUAGAUCCUUUAAACGGAGACGCAGCAGCCUUGUACCUGCACAAGCCGGAGGAUUACAAGCACAAAAUCAAAGAAUACAUCCAGAAGUACGCUACAGAGGAGGCCCUAAAGGAGCAGGAGGAAGAGGGCGGAGACUCUUCGUCUGAGAGCUCCAUGUCAGACUUUUCUGAGGAUGAGGCUCAGGAUAUGGAGUUGUAGUGAAUGGGGAGAGCCUGUCUCCUUCAACAGACUGGAGCAGAUACUCAGUACUAUAUUCAUAUUUAAGACUAUUUUUACACCAACAGGAGGAUAAUUUUUAUGCCUUCAUAAGGAUUUGCAGUAUGCUAUUGCGAAAUACUCUUUAGGAACUCAUGACCACUCACUCCCUGCCCCUGUUUCCUUUGAGAGCCUGCUUAGAUCAGAAUGGAGCCAUUCAUGUCCACCAUGUUGUGUGGCUUGGGCCUUGUUCAGGCUUUCAUACUGCACCAGCAGUGGGACUGUGCCACUGACACACAACGGACUGUUUACACUCAUUUGGAUUCACAAGCCACUCUCACUGCCUCCUCUGUUCAACAUGUCGACAGGAUUUCUUAUUCAGUCCUGCAGAGAACUGCAGGAUGACAAUCUUCUGUUUUCUUCAGUGCUGCCUGCUGUAAAAUAACCAAGGAACAUUACUGUUAUUUCACCACAUUUCCCCAAGAAUGUUCUGUUGGAAGGCUAUAUGAAUUAUCACUUGUGAGGAGACAGCCACAGUGCAGCCUAACCCAUGCAAUGUUUUAGUUGCUUCUCUGACACCAUACCCAUGACACCGCAGUGUGAUACAUGAAUGAAAUUCAGGGAGAAUCAUGUUGCUAAGCAUCAGUGUUGAAGUCAUGCUUUGUUCAGACAUUCAACAGCCAUCUCCUCUCCUUCCUCUGCGUUAAAAUUAUCUCAUUUAGAGUAUCUUUGUAUAUUGUGGCAUGACCCAGAAGUGAAGUUGUGUAGGCACUGUGGACGUGGGGAGGACACCUAUGAGCAGGGCUGUGUUGAACCAUUAUUCUAAACUUUGCCUAUUGCCUGUGUUGAACUAUAUAGGUGUUUAACUAGUAGGGAUAGUUAGUUCUUUUUGCAGGUGGUGAGUCAAAAUCCAUGGUUUAAUACUUAAUAUGAUGUUCUAAUUGAAAAUGUCCUGUAAAGACAUUCAUCCCUCUUUUGCUUGUGGGAUGACUUUGCUAACUGAAACCCUCCAAAGACCCCUGAUAUGCAAAUAUGCAGCCAUCUUCAUCAGUCGGACAGAAGUGCUCUUUGUUUCUAUGUUGUAGCAGUUUUGUACAUACUGUUAGCGCCUGUUGCUUUCUAAAUGGUGGGACCAAACUCUGGACUGUUUUGAUAAUGUCAGAAUCCUACUAACAGUGGCUUUGAAUGAGGACCACAGUCUGUUCCUCUCACUACACUGGCAUUUGGAAUUCAUUUUGUUAUUUUUUUUAUUUCAAGACAAUACAACAUAGCUCUAUAUGUUUUUUUAGUUUCCCGAUUUUGGUGGAUGUGUCCCACACUGAAAAAGUGGAGGUAACAAAUAAAUGUUUACUGGUCAGUUUGGUCAUGUCUGACAAUUAGCAGGUUGAAAUUUUGUAAGUGCAAUGAGCAUAAACUCAUUGCAUUAUCAAUACUUUAGUGUUAUAUUAUUUCUUUGAGAUAGUAAAGAAUUUUAGUUUAUUAUCCUGAAAGUAUUGCGUUAUGUUUGGAUACAUAAAACUAAUUUCAAUAUGAAACCCUUUACAAUUGUUAAUGGUAUCUUCCAUGAUGACUGAUUAAAAUGUGUCAGUUUUGAUUAAAAAUAUGUCAGCUUUGACAUGACUUGAAUUAGUUGAUCUUGUUCAAAGGAUUUUUUUUAUUUAUUUUUUUAUCCCCAAAUAGUCAAAUAUUUUCUGGACAACUGGAUGUCCCAUUUAUCUUUCCUUUAACAAAAUUGUAUUUUACAUAAAAGAAUGUGUCUCAUCAGUUUGUCUAUAACAAUCUGGGUUUAUCAUUGCAUAUUUUUUAUUAAUCAUUUGAUGCCUUUAAUUAGUAGGAAUGUUUUAUCAUCUAAUCCCCAUGUCCCAGAUAGAAGACAAGACAUCCAUGAUUUUUAUGGCAAAAACAUAAAUAAAUGUGCUUCCCUUGUAACUUUAAGAAGUAAAUAAAAUAUUGUCAAUGUUGUGA